GUGAAGGCCCAAAUAAAGCCAUGGGGGCCGGGGCUGGGCAGCGCCCCCCUUUGCUAUAAAUACACUGGCUGCCUGGAGGUUCGGAUUUGGUGGUUUGGGCUCCAGACCAGGGACCACCGCCACCUUGAUCAGUUCCUCUGCAGCAGCAGCAGCCUUCCUCAAGAGGGUCCCCAGUGCCUGUUCCUCCUCCUCAUCAUCAUCAUCACCAUCACCACCACCCUCCUCCUCCAGGAUGCCUCGUGUGGACGCAGACCUCAAGCUGGACUUUAAGGAUGUCCUCUUCAGGCCCAAACGGAGCAGCUUGAAGAGUCGCUCAGAGGUGGACCUUCAGAGGACUUUCACAUUCCGGAACUCCAAGCAGAGCUACUCCGGCGUCCCCAUCAUCGCCGCCAACAUGGACACCACGGGCACCUUUGAGAUGGCGCAAGUGCUCAGCAAACACACUCUCUUCACAGCCAUUCACAAGCACUACACCGUGGACCAGUGGAAGAACUUUGCUGCUGAUCACCCAGAUUGCUUAGAGCACAUAGCCGCCAGCUCGGGCAGCAGCGGCGCCGACCUGGAGAAGCUGUGCGCCAUCGUGGAGGCCGUGCCCGCUCUCAAGUACAUCUGUCUGGACGUGGCCAACGGAUACUCUGAGUACUUUGUGGACUUUGUCAAGACCGUACGGGGGAAGUUCCCAAAACACACCAUCAUGGCUGGCAACGUGGUGACGGGCGAGAUGGUGGAGGAGCUCAUCCUGUCUGGUGCUGACAUCAUCAAAGUGGGAAUCGGGCCAGGGUCAGUGUGCACCACCAGGAUCAAGACGGGCGUCGGGUACCCCCAGCUGAGCGCCGUCAUCGAAUGCGCCGACUCCGCCCACGGCCUCAAAGGACACAUCAUCUCAGAUGGAGGAUGCAGUUGCCCUGGAGACGUAGCCAAAGCCUUUGGUGCUGGCGCAGACUUUGUGAUGAUGGGCGGGAUGCUAGCGGGCCACGACCAAUGCUCCGGAGAGCUCAUCGAGAAGAACGGCAAAAAGUACAAGCUGUUCUACGGCAUGAGCUCGGAUACCGCCAUGAAGAAAUACGUGGGCGGGGUGGCCGAGUACAGGGCGUCCGAGGGCAGGACGGUGGAGGUUCCCUACAGGGGCGAUGUGGAGAACACCAUCCGGGACGUGCUGGGGGGUCUGCGCUCCACCUGCACCUACGUGGGCGCCGCCAAGCUGAAGGAGCUGAGCCGCAGGACCACCUUCAUCAGAGUCACGCAGCAGUCCAGCCAGAUGUUUGUCUAAGUGUUUACGUGUGCAGACGUACAGGGAGGAGGAACACCUGCAAACUUCAUCUCAGGAGAUCUUUUCCAGCUCACUGACACGUCGCUUAUGUAACGCUGCACCGAUGAUGCAAUGACGUGGCCUUUUGCAGACGACUGUGAAACAUGAACUUACAUAGCAUGUACGCUAAAGACACCAAAGGCCUGAAAAAUCCUGCUGUGGAGUUCUCCAAAGGUUCUUCAUCUGCGAAUCCAAUGCAAACUUCUUUGCAAUGCGGCGGGAGAUUUGGUGACAAUAAAUAAACUGCAUCAUUUUGCCCGCCUCGUUAUAUCCCCCUCGUUAUAUCCUCGUUAUGUCCCCUUUUUCCUCAUCUCCAAACAGGCAGGAUGAGGGUUCACUCUGUGCACUGCUUCCAGCACCUUGGCACAUUUGUUCCAAAGAGCAACAGCAUGAACGGAGUGAGCCCUUUUGUCAGCAACACAAUAUAUGGCCGUAUACGUUUUCAUUCUGUUUUUCAUCAAAUUAAUGUUCAAAUCUCGCCUCAUCGCAUAGCCCCAAUCUUCAUCGUCUGGUCCCGUCUGGUGAUACGAUAUUGGGACAUACUAUACGGUACAUGGGGUCCCGUCUGGUGAUAAGAUAUUGGGACAUACUACGGUACAUGGGGUCCCGUCUGGUGAUACAAUUUUGGGAGGGGUCCCGCCUGGUGAUAUGAUAUUGGGACAUACUACAUUACAUGGGGUCCCAUCUGGUGAUACAAUAUCGGGACAUACUAUGCAGUACUUGGGGUCCCGUCUGGUGAUAGGAUUUUGGGAGGGGUCCCGUCUGGUGAUACGAUAUUGGGACAUACUACAGUAUGUACAUGGGGUC